AUGAAGAUCGUCAACCUCGCCCUCAGGGCGCUGCAGUUCUUUAUGGCCCUCCUGAUCAUGGCCAUCAUCGGUAACGCCAUCGCCAUGGGCGCCGACUCACCCGUCAACAACUACACCAUGUUCUGCGCAGCGUUCGCAAUGCUAUGCCUCUUCUUCCUGCUGCCGGCGACGUUCAAGGAGGAGUGGAGCGUGAUGCCAUUCCUGCCAUUCGUCCUCGAUCUACUCCUGGUCCUCUUCUGGUUCUGCGGUGCAGUUGCUCUUGCUGCUGAGCUCGGUGUACACAGCUGCAACAACGACGACUACGUCUCCUCGAACCGUGUCAUCCGUGGCGCACGCAACCAGCACAGCGCAUGCCGAGAGGCACAAGCAAGCUGCGCAUUCCUUUGGUUCGGGUGGGCCUGCUUCGUCGGCUCUGCCGCCAUCACUGGUAUGGCUAUGCGUGGUGGAGGCGCUCCCCGAGGCGGCAUCCGUCGCGGUGGCCCGGUUAUGAGCCAGGUCUAA